AUGGCAUGUCGUCUGCAGAGCAUCAACUCUGCUCUAUCCAACACUCCCAAGCAAAACGACAAUCAGCACAGGAUCUGCCUCGAGUCAAACAGCAGUACCCAGCACCCAGCACACAGAGUUAUGUGCGUCGUUAUCUACUGGUUCUCGGCGGGCUGCAGCCUCCACACGAGCUGGGAGUUCAAGCAGUGCAAUCUGGCUGACUUCAAGGGCGGAUGCCAAAUGGCCAGAGUUGAGAAGUCUGUCCGAGGGGAAGACUGUGCCGACUGCGAGCGGGAGGCGAAGGAAAAGGAGAACGAAGAAGCCGUUGAGGAACUCAAGAGGGAAUUUUCGACAUUAGUGGCGUCGGUAUGCAGCCAGGAGGAGCCGAAGAAGAAGAAGGAGGCAGAGCCCGAUGGCAAUAUCGCCCGUCCUGGCUGCGCCGGGCCCGUCGUUUCUGGCUUUGAGACGCUUAGCAACCUGCUUCAGAGUUUUGCUCAUCAGUCUUGGGUUGAGGGCAAAAUCGACUUGCUAGAAAUCGAGGCGGAAGCUUGCCGUCCGGCCCGUGACGAAGAACCAAUCGACUGCUUCAAAGUGGACUAUGACUUUUGGGGCGACAUUCUCAGGUGUGGGAUGAAGCAUAUUCUCGACGCUGCCAGGGAUGAGAUGAUCAAGAGCUGUGGGGAACGAGACCAGGAGUUCUUUGAAAUCCAAGAAGCCUGCAAAUUCCCACCUCAAACGAUGUCUCUGCAACCCAAUACAAAGCAUGAAAUCAUUGUAGCUACCAGGGCUCUACGAAAAGACUACUGGCUCCAGAACUUCCUCACUGUCCUCUUACAGUUGUCACGCAUUGGUGGUGGGGGGCUGGGUUCGGAGCCCACGUGUAACUUCCAUCUGAACGCGACUCGGGCCUCGAUCCAUAAACGAGUUGCCUACCUAUAG